ACCUAGGGUGUACGACGAAUAUCAGCAGCGUCGUCCUCAUUAUCGAUCAACCGUUCACGGCAGAGCCGCACGGGACUACCCACUUGUAUACUACCUACAUUGACCACAAGCACCUAUAGGAUAUUGGAUAUGGCUGGGUCUGUGAUAGCAAAUGUGCUAGGCAAGCGCACGCGCCGAACCUCAGCUGUUGAGCAUGGAGGACGCACAGAGCCGCAGCGAGCAUCCAAAAGAUUGAAAGAAAAGCGUGACGCCUGCGCAGGACGCACUGGUAUAUCCCACACCUCUUCGACCACAACCAUUCGUAACGGCCUCGCGACACCAGAGCCAAGCUCACUGACCGAAUCGCAAAUCUCGCUGCCUGUCGACGGGACUCCGUUCGAACGCAAAGGCAUCUUUCCCUUCAUGGAAUUACCUGCGGAACUACGGAUCCAUAUAUACCACAUGGCACUUCACCGCGACACGCCACUCUUCCUCCAUGCCUCGCGCCCUCUCGAGGAAGAUGCCGAAGAGGGUUCCGUCCCGAUCGACCGCCCCGCUGUAUACACUUUUACCUCAUCCUGCGAGGCCGCCUCACCCCCCCGCCGCCGUCGUAACCUCAGUCCACUUCCGGACAUAGACCCUCCACUCGAUCCUGUCGUUCCCACGAUCCUGCGCCUCAACCAGCAGAUAUACAAGGAAGCACGCUCCGUCCUCUAUAGUACCAACACGUUCAACCUCUCUCUCUUUAGCGGCACCUACACCCUCAGCACUCUGCACCAACGCUCGCGCUCCCUUAUCAAACACAUCGUCCUCACUAUUCCCAGCCACCACGAUAUCCUCGACGGCUUCGCCGACCUCGUGCGCCUGGGCCUGCGCUACUGCUGGGGUCUCAAGACCUUUAAAGUCAUCAUGCAAGCGCGGUUCCCCGACGAUAACCGCGUUAUGCACGCGACAAACGUACACGCGAAUGCGUUCCAUAUACUGCGGUGGCUGCCGAGGGGCUGCGAGGUGCUGCUUGAGGGCCACGUGUCGGAUAUCGUGAAGGACGUGGUCAGGGAGGAGGGCAGGUACCAAAGCAUGCUGGACGAGGUGGGCUACGCAAAGCGACAGCAUCAAAUGCCCGAGCGUCAUUGAGGAUAGGUGUGGUGCUGCGUUUCAGCACUCGGUUUUGUGGUUUUGUAUAAGCGAUAGAUGAGUUGCGAUUGGAAUUAUCUGCUUCUCGUUGCUAGCGAUACGAACUUAAGCGCAUUUACUUCGAGCUGUCUCGUGGUCCUGCCUCGGUCUUGGAAGCCUGCUGUGUACCUGCCCCUGAAUUUGUCGCUCCUGCCUCUGCUCCGUCCACGUCAGUACAGGAGUUAGGUCACCGCUUCCACGAUUCUAGACUUCACGAGCAGUUAACGUGAUGUUAUGACAUA